AUGAAUUCCAGAAAAUUGCUCUCAGAAACACGGAGAACAUUUCCUGCUACUAAAGUACAUUGCCAGCAACCAUCACGGAUUCUCAUUGUGGAUGUCACAUCACCUUCCUGGACCAACACUUGUUCUGCACUCUCUGAAGCUCUGGAAAACACACUCUGUUUGGCAUGCAGUUUGGCAGGUCCCUGCCGUGUUCCCCUGAUGAAUUUACAUGUAAUUCAUCCUGGCACAACCUGCUUGUUGCCAUUUCCACAAGUGAGAGAAAACUUUGCACGAAUACAAGCCUGCGUUUCGGAGCUCCGUUCGCUACCAAGAGAAGGCUGUUUCCCACAGGGGGGAAAUGGAGUGGUACAAGCUGUGCAGGAUGGAUUGCAACAAUUCAAACAAUACAGCAGACACACAGCAGCAGGAGGCUCAACAAAUAGUUCCGUUGAGGUCACGAUUUUAACUAGCCAGUCCAGCAAAGAAAUGGUAAAUCAGCUGGAAAAGAAGUUAAAAGACGUAGACCUUGUGAGUCUGCGAAGAAUACAAGUCAUUGAGGUUUUGAAGAGAGACUUUCUGGAGCCUGAGGAUGUGGAACAGUGCACGCCAGCAGAAGAGCCCAGCAGCAACAUUGCAAUCCUGGGAAUGGACAUCGACGUGCAAACCAUAGAGGACAAUGUCAUCAGCUUGGAGAUGCUGUUUAAAACAUGGCUACAUGACUAUGGCACAGAGAGAGAACAACUCCAUCUCCUUCUUCCAUCAGGAGGCUUCAGCCAUGCCACUGCACCCAAGACCACCCUAAUGUGCCUGAAGUGCGAUUUGCAGGAGAGAUUGCUUGACCCAGCUCUACUGUCUGGGACAGUUGAUGGCAUCACGAAAGCAGCAGAUUUGAAUUCACCCUGCCAGAUGGCAGCCUGGCCAGCUACUGUGCUGUAUAAACUCCGGGUCAUAAAGGCACUGAAGUCUGAAGGCGUCUGUGAGUCUGUACUGUAUGGCCUGCCCUUCAUCAUCAAGCCCACAAGCUGCUGGCAGCUAGACUGGGAUGAACUGGAGAUAAACCAGCACAGCUUCCAUGCUCUAUGUCACAGUCUUCUGAAAAGGAAGUGGAUGCUUUUGGCCAAACAUGAGCCACAGAACCCUAGUCCAAACUGGAACAUCGUGGUGCAUUCCUACUACAUCAUUGUCCCUUCCGACUCUGCCACUCUACUGGUCAAAGCGGUCGCCAUCAGAGAGCUCUUGCUGCCGUCAACCUUCCCACCCCUCCUUGCUGAACAUCCUGAGAGAGUGCAUGGCCCUAUAGAGAGUGCCCUGAACAGCUUGGAAGUGGAAGUUGCUUAUAACCCCUUGCACCUAAAAAGCAACCUCUACAAAUACCUGAAGAGUGUGUUGUACAAACCUCUGCACAGGCAGCAGGCCCAGCCCAGGGACCAGCGACCAGAGCGGCAUCAACCCAAGCAGCAUCAGAGCAGAGCCAAGGCUACUGUGGCGCCCCUUCCGAUGGUGCCUUCUCCUGUUCAAGUGUUCAGACCAACAGCGGUAAGGAGAGAUUCCUCUGAGCACUCUCUGCUCUCCAAAGAGUAUGAAGAGUUCCUGCAGUGA